AGCAAGAUGAAGAAGCUCUUCUUUGCCACUAUGUUACUCCUUGCUCUUCUCCUUGGCACUUCUUUCAUUGAAUCCUCCAUGGCCAAGUCAGUGUUUUGUGAUCGAAAGUGCAAAGCAAGGUGCAAGAAGGCUGGGGUGAUGGAUCGAUGCUUGACAUACUGUGGAAUAUGCUGUUCAAAGUGCAAGUGUGUUCCUUCUGGGACUUAUGGGAACAAGCAUCAAUGCCCUUGCUAUAGAGACAUGAGGAACUCCAAGGGCAAGCCCAAGUGCCCUUGA